AUGCCGGAAUACUGUGAGCCCCUGGACCAUUACACGGGCCAAGAUUUGAUCAGCCUCACCCAGGAGGACUGCACCAAGCCGCCGCUCUCCCGCGUCUCCUCUGACAACGGGCAGCGGCUACUGGACAUGAUCGAAACCCUGAAAAUGGAGCACCUGCUGGAGGCGCACAAGAACGGGCACACCAACAGGCACCUGAGCAUCAGCGCCGACGGUGGCUUCAGCAGCAAGGCCAAACACAACAGCGUGCCCACUGGCUACCAGGGAGGGUUGGAGAUGAUCCAAAUUCCCAUGCCCGAGCCCGAGCGCUCCCAGUACCCAAGGGAGUGGGGCAAGACUCUGCUGGUUUUUCUGUAUGCCCUCUGCUGCUUUGUGCUCACUACAGUGACGAUCUCCUUCGUCCACGAGCGAGUGCCUCCCAAGGAGAUGCAAGCACCCCUGCCAGACAUGUUUUUUGACCAUUUUAACCGGGUGCAUUGGACCUUUUCUAUUUGUGAAAUAAACGGUUUGAUCCUUGUAGGCCUCUGA